AUGUCGUCAAGCAAGGUCAAGCGUAUGUCCACUCUAUUCCGCAAGAAGGAGAAGGAGCCCUCCACCAGCAACGGUGUUGUCACUAAUGGUGCUGAGAAGAAAGACGAGGCCGCCUCGCCGACCUCCCCAACUUCUCCAUUGUCACCUUCGCAGGAGGCCGAGGGUAUGAAGACGAUGAGGAACUUCCGCGAGAGCGUGAAGAAGGGGAGCCCAUUUGACUUCAGCACCUCGAGUAUCGCUGCUGUCCUGGACCUCAUCAGGAACAAGGAGUCGAUCGACGACAGGAAACUCUUCCUUGAACAUGCUCUUACCUUCAUUUCUCGCCUGGAAGAAGGCCCUCUGGCUCGCACCUUGAAGAACAAGAUCAUCCAGCUGCUUUACAACGACCUUACGCAUCCUGCUUCCACCAGUGUUAGUAACCAGUUUGCAUGGAGAACCGCCGAUGGUUCCUGCAAUAAUGUCGAUAUCCCUGACAUGGGAAAGGCUGGAACUCCUUAUUCUCGUUCUGUCCAGCAAACCGUACCCCUUCCGAAGAACCAAAUGCCCGAUGCAGGGCUUCUCUUCGACACCCUCUUACGAAGAGAGAAGUUCGUCCCACACCCAGGUGGUCUCUCUUCUUUGAUGUUUGCAUUUGCCACUUUGGUCAUCCAUACCGUCUUCCGGACUUCACACCGCGAUUGGACAAUCAACGAGACCUCCUCCUACGUUGACCUGGCGCCGCUCUACGGCAACAACGAGGACGAUCAAAACCGCAUUAGGAUCCGGGAUGGCCGAGGUCACCUCUACCCGGAUGUCUUUGCUGAAGACCGUCUCUUGUUGCUUCCACCAGCUGUUUGCGCGCUCCUGGUUCUCUUCAGCCGGAAUCACAACUACAUCGCCACUAAGCUUUUGGAGGUCAAUGAGCGAGGAACCUUCGUCGAUCCCAGCACCUUGUCAAUGGACGAUCCUAAGCAAAAGGCUAAGUUGAUGGCUCAAGAUGAAGAGUUGUUCCAGACAGCGCGUCUCGUGAACUGCGGCUGGUUCGCAAUGGUUGUCUUCUCCGACUACUUCUCUUGCAUUCUGGGACUGGUCCGAGAUGGCAAUAGUUGGAGCUUGACUCCUUUCGAUGAAAUCCGUAUGGAAGAUCACACCUUGUUCGAACGUGGCAAGGGCAACUCCUGCAGUGUCGAGUUCAACUGUCUCUACCGAUGGCACACCACGACCAGCAGGGAGGACGAGAAGUGGACCGAAGGAGUGUUCAGUCAGCUCUUCCCUGGCAAGCCCUUCGAAGAGGUCACGAUCGACGACUUCAAGACGACUGCCCACAAGUUGCUCACGAACAGGCCACCUACCACCGAAUGGACCUUCGGAGGAUUGAAGCGCCAGCCAGACGGAAGAUUCAGGGACGAGGAUUUGGCCAGGAUUAUCCAAGACGCAACUGAAUGCGAGGCGGCUGCAUUUGGUGCUCGCGGAACCCCAGCAGUCAUGAGGCUCAAUGAGAUCAUGGGUAUUGAACAGAGUAGGCGAUGGGGUGUAUGCUCGCUCAACGAGUUCAGGAAGUUCUUGGGCUUGAAGCCUUACGAGACCUUCCUCGAAUGGAACUCUGAUCCUGACGUCGCUCGAACUGCCGAACUUCUCUAUGGAGACAUCAACAAGCUCGAGCUCUACGUGGGCUUGCAAGCUGAGGAGGCCAAGCCUCUUGUUGACGGUGCAGGUCUCUGCCCUGGCUACACUUGCAGUCGUGCAAUCCUCAGCGACGCCAUUGCUUUGACUCGUGGAGACCGAUUCUUCACUCACGACUUCACCCCCUUCAACCUCACCGCCUGGGGCUACCAAGAUUGCCAGCGCGAUCCCAAUGCCUGGGGUUUCGGUAGCACCAUGGCCAGGCUGUUCUUGCGAACUCUCCCUGAAGACUUUGACGAGAAGAGUGUCUACACUUUCUUCCCGUUGAUGACUCCCCAGUCCAUGAAGGUGCAUCUCACCAAGCUCAACCAAUUGGACAACUACGAUUUGGCUCGACCCAAACGCAACCCUUGUCCCACAAUCAUCAGGGACUAUCCCUCCGUCGUUGCGAUCCUCAACGAGCCCCUUGGGUUCAGGAGCCCCUACAGCCAAAAGACAAGGAAGAUCAUCAACGGCCCUAUCAAAGGAUUCUAUCCCGCAGAAGGCCCGAAAGAGCAGGACGUGGUUCGCAAGGCUCUCAGCGGAUCUCCCGAGGUCGUCGGCAAAGUCGGUACCUACUUCUACGAGCAGAUCAAGAAGACCAUCGACGAGAACUCGUAUACCUUUGUCAACGGCAAGAAGCGCGGUAUCGACGUGGUCAAGAAAGUCAUCAACACGGUGCCCACCGCCUGGCUUGGGGACUUGGGUGGUCUCCAUGUGAAGACCAGCAAAGACUCGGCCGGCAACUACACCGUCGAUGAGCUCUUCCAACAACUCUCCGAGAUCUAUUCCUUCAUCUUCCUCAACGUCGACCCAGCCAAGGUCAUGGUCCUCCAGGAGAAGGUUCGCAAGUACCUCAAGGUAAUCAUUCCCGACAUCAAGGACAACUUCACGGGUAGCUUCUCCCUCACUGGUCUCUUCAACACCGUCUUCAAAUACAAGAAGCCCGUCCACCACGAGAUCAUCAGUCGCCUCACGGAGAACGAAACUCUCAAGAACCACGACGUCCUCUCUAACGUCAUCCUCGCGCUCGUCGUUGUCGGUAAUGCCGAAAUCACCCUCGCGUCGACCAACAUCCUCGACUAUUAUCUUGGAAGUGACAAGGCUGCCGAUAUUGGGAAACUCGCUGCUGCUGGGGACGUUGCGGGCUUGAAGCCUUACAUCUAUGAGGCCUUGCGGGCUGUCCCUCCUUUCGCUGGUGUCUACCGCGUCUCGACUCGCGAACAGAUCUUUGCUGGUCGCAAGUUCGCCGAGAGCGAGCGUGUCUUCUUGGACAUUACCGCUGCGAACAACCAGAGCCGUGAAGAGUCCACGAAGGAGAUCCUCCGUGCUGAGGGUGCCUUCGAGUACCUUGGUGAAGAGUUGACCGUCGAAAUCCUCGCUCAAAUCAUCCGCGCCAUCUUCGAACGACCCGGCCUCACUCGCGCACCUGGCCACUCUGGGCAGAUGUCCCGCUUCAAGACCGACAACCGACCUGAAUGCCACCACACUUACCUCCACCACGGCGAACGGGUUACUGAAUGGCCAUAUACUCUUUCCGUAUUGUACGAUGCUGCCUAA